GGCGAUGUUGAUGCUCAGACACCUGUCGCAGCGGCGGCAGUAUGUCUAUCGGCAAUGCAUACGCACUCAACACACUCUCGCCCGCGGCGAGCGACCGAAGAAAAGAUGGGCUGCCGAAAACGCCGAUCAAGCUUCGCGACACGCCGAGUGGGAGGAGCAUGCCAGCAGGAUAAGACUGGGCGUACAGCAGAGCAUGUUGAGUGUUCUUGAGGAGCGAGGACUCGUCAAAGAUGUUGCUGGCGGCCGCCAAACGCUCGACUGGCUCCUCACCGAGAAGCGCAUAGGAGUCUAUGUCGGUGUCGAUCCUACCGCGCCCUCACUUCAUGUUGGUCAUCUGAUUCCGCUCAUGGCAAUGUACUGGAUGUACCUCCACGGCUACUACACCGUCAGCUUGCUAGGAGGAGGCACAGUGCAGAUUGGAGAUCCUUCGGGAAGAACCACGGCACGCUCAAGACAAGGCGCAGAUGUUCAGACUAUGAACAUUGAAAGCAUACGGCGACAGCUCGACAAGCUAUGGACCCAUGUCAAGUGUCUAGGGAUCAAGCAUCACUUUUCGCCGGAGACAAGCAGGAAGCAAGAGAUCCUCAACAAUCGAACAUGGCUGGAGAAGCUCAAUGCUGUGGAAUUGAUGAGAGACUUGGGCUCUGGCAUGCGUCUGGGCACCAUGCUGAGCCGCGACUCGGUCAAGCUACGCAUGGAAAGCGGCGAGGGUAUGGCCAUAUCCGAAUUUUCCUAUCCACUGUUCCAAGCCUACGACUGGUGGAGCAUGUACCGCAACCAGGGCGUGCAACUUCAGAUUGGCGGUUCAGAUCAAUAUGGCAACAUCUGCGCAGGCAUGGAUGCCGUCUCGCACAUGCGCAAGAUCCGCCAUCUCGAGUCCUCCCAGAAGGAGGAGGAGGACCCACGCCUCGCAGCCUAUGGUCUCACCACACCUCUUCUCACCACCGCCUCGGGCGAAAAGUUCGGCAAGAGCGCAGGUAACGCCGUCUGGCUCGACAAGACUAUGAUGAACUCGUUUGACUUGUACCAAUACUUCAUGCGCACCGCAGACGCAGAUGUCGAGCGCUACCUAAAGCUCUUCACCUUCCUCCCUCUCGACCAGAUCUCCCUCCUCGUAGAACAGCAGCGCAAAGACGCGUCACAGCGCAUUGCGCAACACAUUCUGGCAAAGGAGAUCGUCGAGCUCGCUCACGGCGCCGCAGAAGCAAAGAAGGCCGAAACAGCACACAAGGAGGCCUUCAGCCACGGCACAAACACCUUCUCUCUCGGCGCACUGCGCAAUACGCUCGGAACCGCUAACCCCAACGCCGGGCUAGGCGCACAGAAAGAGCUGAGCGAGUUCGACAUGCAGCUUGUCGAAUACAAGCGUGCAUACGCCGCGUCCUCGGCGACGACCCAACCCGCCUCCGGCACCUCCACAUCUACCUCUCCACAGACGAAGGACUCGGUCAUCACCGUUCCCCUCUCGCUCCUCCAACCCGGAUCUUUUCCCCGCGUGCUGCACGCCGCCGGUCUCAGCGCUACGAAGAGCGAAGCGCACCGCCUGAUCGCAAGCAAAGGCGCUUACGUCGUCGUGCCCAUGUCUGGCAGUGUCGAGUCCCCCACGAGUCUGAAGUGGGCGCCCAUCGAGGCCGGUCCGAGUGUGAACCCGCAGCACUUUCUUGUUGAUUUCGAGGCGCUGGUGCUCCGGUCGGGCAAGACGAAGAUCCAGGUCGUGCGAGUUGUGAGUGAUGAGGAGUAUGAUAAGCAGGGGCUGGAUAAGGACAAGAGUGAGCAGGUGAGAAAGAAGCUUGGGGAAGAGGCGGGGGAAGAAGCGGGGCAGGAUGCGAGGGUAUAACCGGGCAGGACUGCGCAGGAGGCGGAGGCUGCGAGGACGAGCACGGGGGAGAGCGUGCCGUUCCAGUCGUCGUAGGCGUGUAUAUAUCAGUACGAGAAAGUACCUGUGCUGGGGUGUAGAGUAGCUGGAGAACGGUCCAUGGUAGACCAAUGUACAACAUCACACAGCCGUGCUAGCCCGCAGCUCGA